GUGUGGUUGAAUGUCUGAAAAUUACUUUCAUCAUCAAGUUUUUUUGUGCAUAAAAGUAAAAGGUUUAUAUUUUACAAAAACCAAAAUGGCCGCAUCCAUCACAUAAGUCACUCUUACUCUUAGCCAUUUCCAAAUAUUAAAGCUGUUGUUUUUCCCCCCAAUCAAAUGGCAUUUGUUUUAAAAACUGCUAAGACACUGAGAACUCAUUGGAAAAAAUCAACGUUUUUCUUUUGUGUCACAGCUUAUGGGCUGAACUAUGGAAGAAACCGACACAAGUAAGUUAGUCAAUUUUCAAUGACCGGUCACCGGUGGCGGUUGCCAGAGGCAGAUCAUCGCAGAGGCGAUGGACAACAAAAAUGAAUAAUUUUGAAAAUGCAGUAAUUUAAACUUUGGUAAUCUACCACUUGAGCGUCGGCCAAGAAAAAAUCCAGUUUUUCCGGUUGGAAGGGCUAUAUAAAUAACUAUUCUUACAUUAUUGGAGUCUGUUAAUAUUUUUGCUUCUGUAUACUACUGUAUAGAAUAGAGGCUAUAAACUAUAAAGUUAUAUAGCACAAUACUAAUACAUUUAAAUACUUAUUACUGCCAAGCUACCGAUAUGCCAGGAAGAAAAAGAUACAACAAUUAUUUUUUUUUUUAUCCAGAUGACGCGGAUAUCCACACACAGAAUGUGGAAAACAUGUCUGAAUGCUCAGAAAGCAUAAACUGAAAAGACAGUUUGGCACAAGAAGCGCCGGUGAUCUUUCCCCUUCAUAUUUACGUGGAUUCAUGUACCACAACCGUUUUCGUGGAAAUUAUAUUUUUUUAAACUUCAUUGUCAACUUGGGGGAUAAAGACUAUGCAUAAUUCCAUUUUCACACAUUAUCUUCUAUUUCAAAAAAAUUGUUAUAGUUUUUCUAUUUUAAAAAAAAUUGUCUAUUAUUAUGGGAAUGAAUACGUACAACCAAUGUCAUUAAAAAUAAUAUAAGAAUAGUUGUUUAAAUAGCCCUUCCAACCGGAACAACUGGAUUUUUUCUUGGCCGACGCUCAAGUGGUAGAUUACCUAAACUUUUAUCUAUGGAAGACUUUUCAUUUAAAGAAGGCACAUAUUCGAAAAAAAAAAUGUAUGAGUAAAGUUAGCACUAUUACUAUUUUACCUUCAAUUGUCAAUUCAAUGUUAAGACCUCAAACUCAAAUUCCUUUUAGAGUAGAGCUAAGGCUAAAGUAAAAGGAAUUAAUAUGAAAAUGUCUACUCAGGCUACUCUCUAAGUUCUAAGAUAUGGAUGGAAAUAGAAUAGAAUGACUAAGAAUGUGCAUGCUGGGCUAUUAUAUAAUUGGCAAAAAAAUCCGGUAAAUGGUCACUGAAAAUGCCACUAUUUUAUCAGUGGCCGCCAUCUUGGUUGACACGUCGCAUGAAAUCACGUGACGUGUCAACCAAGACUUCGGCAAAAAAAUUAGUGCAAAACACAUGUUAUUAAAAAGGAAGGCGAGGGAGGAAAAAUGUUUUAAUUUUUUUUAAAUUUAAGCAAUGAUAGAAAUUAAAUAGCAUUUUUUUGGAAAAUCUAUCUCGAACCCUAAAUCGACCCCUAUGCCUAACCUGAACCCUAAAUCUAUCCCUAUGCCUAACCCGAACCCUAAAUCGAUCCCUAUGCCUAACCCGAACUUUAAUGCGACCUCUAAGCCGAACCCUAAAUCGGUAAAAUCGAUCCCUAUGCCUAAAUCGAUCCCUAUGCCUAACCUGAACCCUAAAUCGAUCCCUAAACCUAACCCGAACCCUAAAACUAGCCCUAAAGCCACAAGUAAAACAGGUGGAAUUAACACACUGUGGAAAGAAAACUAUGAAAAUGAAAAAAAAAGGAAUAAAAAAAAUGGCAAAAAUAAUUAUAACAUAAAUAAAUAAUCAAAACGCAACUUACAGUUUCAUGAAAUACCGGUACACAUUUACACACUUAAUUUCAGGUUCCACAAAUAAUAUCCAGAUAAUGAAUAGAGCACAAGAACCGGCAAGCCCGGCCAAAAUGUAGCAAAGAUGGCGGCACAAAUAAAAUAUGCAAAUUAGCCAACCAAUCAUAAUUUAAAAUUAUAAUUAAUCAACCAAUUAAAAUUUUAAUACAAAACAGGUCAUCAGCGUACCAAUACUAAGACAUAACAAAAUAAUUCUCUAAAAAAUAAACAAAGGGAAGUGACUCCCAAAUGUUAACACAGUGGCAUCUCGAAUGAUCAUUAGCCAAAAAUCCUAAACAACUUCACUCUCUGUAAAUUAAAAAGUGGAGGUCGUCAUUUUGAUAACAAAAUCACGAUAUGCGUUUUUCGUUGUCUCCGAGCGAUAUUGAAGUGCCUAAAAAUUUAUAAUAAAUAUUUUUUAAUACUCUUGCUUGUCACUUAAUCUUAUUCUUAAUGAAUUUUAACUUCUUAACCAUCUUACUUUUUUAAGUGAAGUUAAGUCUUAAAGUUAAAGAGAUUAAAGACUUAAACCUACUAAUUCACUAAUACUAUAGUAUCAGCCUGAACUUAAAACAUAAUAAUGGUUGUUUUAAAAUAAGUGAUGAUGAAUGGCAGACAUUAUUCUAAUAAAUAAUUAGAAUAUCUGAGAGGAAAUUUAACCUACACUUCCUGCCUGCCUACAGUAAACUUACAUGUAGCAUUUUAAUAAAAUCGCAAACCAUUAAUUAACGUUUUACUUUAACUUUAGGCGCUUAGAGUAGGCUAGUAAAGAUUAUAAUUAUAGUUCUUAAACUUAUAUAGAUAGUAAUUUUCAAAGCAUUUUUUUUUUGUAAUUGCAGUGAUAAUUUGUUGAGGAGAAGAUAUUGCCAAGAAGCCCAGGUAUGGUUAAAAUAAAUGGGAAAUUUUAAUUUUAUGUUUCUACUGUGAAUUGUUUUCAAAAUUGUUGAUGUCUUAUGCCUUAGCAGUCUUAUUUUCUAUAAUACUAGGGCUUAUCCUGAUGCACUUCUUUUUCACUGGGUCCAUGAGUUACAAACAAUACUUAACUUCUCAUUUUCAGUUAUAUAUGCUGGCCUUUAAACAACAGUCCUACACCCUACCUGCUGGCCUUUAAACAAUAAGCCUACAGACAGUCCUGCACCCUACGAUGAUUUAUUCCUUUUAUAACUCUUUUGUCCAAGUCCUACGGACAGCCGUACACCAUACCCAUGGCUUUUUACUGGUUAAUAUAAUAGUUGUCUCCCCGUGAAGUAUUUUCUUUUAGCUGAGCUCACACGUCCUGCAUGACAGCUUCUUUUUCACUCAGUACUAUUAAUAUAAAACAUGUGGAGUUUGGGGGAGGGCACUUUUAAAAGGGAAGCAGGACCCACCAGAAGCAAAAUAUAUAUAAGAGAUUAAAUUAUGACCCACACUUAUGAGUUCUCUGAGAUGAGAAAUAUUUCACCCUACUUAACAGACUAAUUAGUGUUUUGUGUAAUAAAAUCCUUUUUUAAAAUAACUGUUUUGAUUUUAUAACACUUUUUACUUACUUCAAGAUUUGUUGAAAAGCUAUAAGGAAAUGCUAACCUGAGAUCACAGUACAUGUGAAACCAAAACCUGAAUUUCAUGCAAGACUGCAGAGUGGGAAGAUUUUUUAAUACUUUAAAUUCAUGUCUACAAUUAUGAUUUAUGUCAGUGAUACUUAAUAUGGCUAAAGAGUACCCAGUUUAUUACCUCCUUUGUUCAUUACAAAAACUAAUUUAUUUUUUUUCUUCACUUUUUAGCAAUAUGGUAAUGAAAAAAUUUUAUUAGGUCACAGACCAAGGCGAGUUACUGUGUUUCUAAAUCCUGCAGCUAAAGGAGGGUAAAUGCCAUUUUGUUAUUUUUUUAAAAAGCAAUACAUUAAUUUCUUUAUUCAGUUACAGAUAAUUGCAAAAAUUGUAGAUUUCAGUAAUUAUAAAAACAAUAGGGAUCCUAAUUAAGUUUCUAAAAUUAAUCAGUAAAGCUACUUAAGCCUUCGCAAUAUAGCCUAUUUCAUAAAAAUAAAGAAAGAUGCAUAUUUUAAAUUAAUUGAACUAAUUGUUUAAUAUCUAUGAUUAAUUUUUCUUAGAAAAGCAAGAAAAUUGUUUGAGAAGACAGCUGCGCCAAUCCUGUACCUUGCUGGAAUAGAGGUUAACGUCAUUAGUGUAAGUUAUUGCCAGUGUUUUAUUAUUUGAGCUAACAGCUCAGUAUUUCAUUUUUAAAUUUGGAUUACUUUCAAAAUUCUAGCAAGAUAAUGGGGUUUCUAAAUUACUUCAUUUAAUUUUCUCCAUUACAUUAUGAAAGCUUGAGAAAUAAGUUACUAUGAAAUUCAUCAUCAUCAUGUCCCUUAGUCCUUGGACCAUUGGGGCGCCACAGAUGACAUGUGAGCUAUCCUCCUCCAUUCGUCUCUGUCUUCUGCACUACGCACAGCAUCGCCCAGUGUUAGUCCUGUCCAUUCUUUGAUGUUAUCCUCCCAUCUUUUUCUUUGUCUUCCUCUUCUUCUCCCUCCUCUUGUGGUUUCCUGCAAUAUUUCUUUGGCAAGCCCUUGUUUCCUUGUUACGUGGCCGUACCAUUAUAUUUUGCGUUUUUUCACAGUCACCAGUAGGUCAUCGUACUCCCCAAUCGCCUGGCGAACCCUUUUUUUCACUGUAUCAUUGGAGAUAUGGUCCCUAUAGCAGAUGCCAAAAAUGCUUCUAAAGCAUCUCAUCUCCAUCGCCUUUAUUUUCCUUUCAAGAUCGGCUGUUAAUUUCUAUUAAAUUAGUUACUAUUAAGUAGCCAAAUGGUUUUUCAUUGCUAAACCUGUGAUUUUUUAAAAUUUUUUUUUUGUGUCAUGAAAAUAUUUGUGAUUCUUCUUUUAGACUGAAUAUGAAGGACAGGUAAAAAAGUUUAUGAGUGUGCUAGACACUCAAGACACAGAUGCUGUUGUCAUUGCUGGUGGAGGGGGAACAUUAUUGGAGGUAAGUUUAUACAAUUGUUUUUACAGAAGAAAAAAUCUGGUACCGCUCUCUUAAUUGCAUUCAUUUUACGACUUUAUAGUUUAUUGUUUCAAGUCAUUGUUGGCCCUGAAAUCUGUCAUCCUUGGAAUUUCAUGGGCUGGUCACAAUCCUCUAAGUGCUGUGUCAUCUGGCCAUAAAUGUUGCUAUAUUUCUUUUCAACAUUCAUCCAGGGGUUGACCUAUCUUCAGUUUAUCAUUAGUCUGUACUGGCUGAUGAUUUAACUCUUCUCCCCCCCCCCCCCCCUUUUUUUUUUUUUUCAAGUCCAUCUCAUGAUUAACUGUCUUCCUGGGCUUACAAAUCCAAUCCAUCUGGCUUUGAUGUUGGAGUUUAAAUUUUAUGACCUUUUGCCAUCCUCAAGGCAUACUACCUGUUUUCACUUAGCGGGGCUUGACUUUUGUAAUAUUUGAACCCAACACUUCUAUUUUAAAGUCAAUAUACUACCAUAUUAUAUCAAGAUUACAAAUUGUUUACAUUGGAAUCCGCAUGGGGUGAACAUUUGGUUUGUAAAGAAAAGAAAAUAGAAUUAAAAUCCACAGGAAACUCAAUAAACCAGCAUACAAUGAGAAACUAAAACUUAAACAACAGAAACACAUAGAAAGUUUCUACUUAACUCUAUCAUUUUGUUUGUUGUACUCCCUAGGCUGUGACGGGGUUUUUAAGGAAGGAAGAUAGGGUAAGUUUAUUUAUCAUUCUAAUUAAAAAAACAUUUAAUUAAAACAGCUGUCCUUUUUUACCUUAAUGCAAAAUAAUGGAAUUUCAUCCCGUCAAGUGCCAGACCCUGUCAGUCUCCAGAAGCAGGUCCCCUCUAAACCACUCUUACGAACUGCAUGGCCAUAUUCUUGAGCCAGUUUCCACCGUAAAGUACUUGGGUGUUACCAUCCAAAGAGAGGUCCGCUGGGACGAGCACAUUAACAGUGUGUGUAACCGGGCAAACAAGACCCUGGGGUUCCUAAGGCGCAAUCUGAAGAUCGGCAACUCAAGCGUGAAAGAAAAAGCCUAUAAAGCCUUUGUCCAACCUAUUUUAGAGUACGCUUCUACAGUCUGGGACCCAUUUACCCAGAAAAGCAUCGACAGGUUGGAGGCGGUCCAGCGACGGGCAGCGCGCUUUGUCACGAACCGCUACAGAAGCACCUCGAGUGUUGGUAGCAUGCUGGAAACACUGGGCUGGUCGACAUUGGAAGAACGACGACGACGACUAUCCAGGCUCACCAUGUUGUACAAGAUAACAAAUGGGCUGGUGCACUGCUCCGGAAUCAAACAGAAACUCGUUCAUCUUCCCCCCAGACUGCGACGAAGCCACAACAAACAGUUCCGGCUGGUAAAAACAAGAACAAAGUACAGAAGCUCCUCAUUCCUGCCGAAGACAAUAGGGGACUGGAACAAGCUUCCAAAAGCAACAGUUGAGGCAGCUACACUAGACACAUUUGUAAAAACCUAAGACAAAUCAACCAUGGGUUACGGCUGAAAUCCAAAGGCUCAUACACAGGAGAGACCGCCAGUACAAACGUAUGAAGAAGAAUGGGUCGGUCGAACUAAAAGCCGAAGUACUGAGGCUCCGAAGAACCAUCCAAUGCUUACUGCGCAGAUCCUACUGGAACUACCUGAACGGCAUCUUCUCAGAGGAAGAUACUACCGCCAAGAACAAGCGGUUCUGGAGCUAUGUCAAGCAUCAAAGGUCAACAAACAUCGGGGUUUCCCCCCUGAGAUGGGAAGGCAAGUUGACGUCUGAACCCAAAGAACAGGCGGACAUACUCAAUCAACAGUUCCAGUCGGUCUUUGGGGAUGGUAGAGAGUACUCAGAAGUUGAGUUCCUGCUGAAGACCAAGAUGAUGAGCACAGCCUAUCCCACCAUGGAAGAUAUCAAGAGCUCAGAGAAGGUUGUGCUGGAACUUCUUAAAAGCAUUAACCCCUACAAGGCAUGUGGUCCUGACAACAUCAAGCCACGAGUGCUAAAAGAAUUGGCCAAAGAAAUCGCUCCUGCAUUAACAAUCCUCUUCCAAUCGUCGCUAUUCACAGGCAAAGUUCCAACUGACUGGAGAACAGCGUAUGUCACUCCAAUCUACAAAAAAGGAGAGCAUUACGACCCAGCCAAUUACCGCCCUGUAUCCCUCACUAGCGUAGUAUGUAAACUAUUGGAGCACAUAAUCAUAAGCGUGGUCAUGAAUCACCUGGAAAGAAAUAAUAUACUCAAUGACUGUCAGCAUGGCUUUCGAGUCAACAGAUCAUGCGAGACCCAACUCCUUGAAUUUGCAGAAGAGUUGACGACCAAUUUGGAGAACAGCAGGCAGACUGAUGUGCUUGUGCUGGACUUUUCAAAAGCGUUUGACCGUGUCAACCAUAGCUUACUAUUACACAAACUGCAGAGAUAUGGGAUCCAAGGCACUACCAAAACAUGGAUCUCUAGCUUCCUCAGCGACCGAUGCCAGGCAGUAGUGGUAGAUGGCAAAACCUCCUCCUUUGUCGGUGUUAAGUCAGGGGUCCCCCAGGGCUCAGUGCUAGGCCCUUGUUUGUUCCUAGCAUAUAUCAAUGAUCUGCCCGAGAAGCUGACCUCUCAAGCAAGAAUGUUCGCAGACGACACAGCGGUAUAUAGGACAAUCGUCAACAGCUCUGACCAGAGCCAGCUUCAACAAGACCUCAAUCGGUUAGCUGAGUGGGAUAUGAGCUGGGACAUGGAAUUUCAUCCCGUCAAGUGCCAGACCCUGUCAGUCUCCAGAAGCAGAUUCCCUCUCAACCACUCUUACGAACUGCAUGGCCAUAUUCUUGAGCCAGUUUCCUCCGUAAAGUACUUGGGUGUUACCAUCCAAAGAGAGGUCCACUGGGACGAGCACAUUAACAGUGUGUGCAACCGGGCAAACAAGACCCUGGGGUUCCUAAGGCGCAAUCUGAAGAUCAGCAACUCAAGCGUGAAAGAAAAAGCCUAAAAAGCCUUUGUCCGACCUAUUUUAGAGUACACUUCUACAGUCUGGGACCCAUUUACCCAGAAAAGCAUCGACAGGUUGGAGGCGGUCCAGCGACGGGCAGCGCGCUUUGUCACGAACCGCUACAGAAGCACCUCGAGUGUUGGUAGCAUGCUGGAAACACUGGGCUGGUCGACAUUGGAAGAACGACGACGACGACUAUCCAGGCUCACCAUGUUGUACAAGAUAACAAAUGGGCUGGUGCACUGCUCCGGAAUCAAACAGAAACUCGUUCAUCUUCCCCCCAGACUGCGACGAAGCCACAACAAACAGUUCCGGCUGGUAAAAACAAGAACAAAGUACAGAAGCUCCUCAUUCCUGCCGAAGACAAUAGGGGACUGGAACAAGCUUCCAAAAGCAACAGUUGAGGCAGCUACACUAGACACAUUUGUGUCUAUUGCCUCCAGUAUUCCAACCCCCAGUUCAUAACACCACUGCUGAGUCGCCCUUGCAACCAGUGAAGUAUCCCAUUGAAACCCAUGGACAGUAACAUCGCAAACCCCUCUGAAACAUAGGAGCCAGAAUGAUCAUUUCAUUGAUCGUGGGCCCUUAAAAUAAAGAAGAAGAAGAAUAAUACUGGGAGGUCUGUAAGUAAGCUAGUGCAACACCCAUAGUGAUGUGUGUUGAAUGUAAUGUGGAUGGAAAUGUCUAAGAUUUGACCUGCCUUGUCUAUGUAAUGGAGAGAAAAACUCACAAGUUAUUUUGAAUUGAACACUUUGUAUGGUUAUUGACAAAUUGGUUUUAAACAAAAUAACAUUUUCACAGGUGCCUUUUAGAACAGACCUAGUUUGUUUUCAGACAGCCGUAAUUUAUGAUAUCCUACAGGGAUUUUUAAUUCUUUCCAGAGCCCAGUUCAGUUAUUAGAAAAUGUUGCCUACAUUUUUAGUUAAUAUGGAAGACACUCAUCAAUAUUUUAAAUGCAACGAAAAAUACACUUGCAAAAACACCAAUACAAAAACAAACUGAACAACAGAAUAUAAUUAUUUUUGUGUGUCAACUAUGCAAGAGGCAGUUAUAUUUACAUCAACAAAACUAUGAAUUUUCAUCAGUUUGUUUUAUUCAGUGGAGACAUGUUUGUUCCGUGGGUCAGGUUAUUGGCCCUUCCACAUGGUGGUUCUGCAAAGCACAACUUUAUAUAUUUACCCAAUCUGUAAAGCAGAAUGUGUUUGUAAACCAAUACAUUGCCUUUACUUCCAUAAAAAUAAUAUCCUCUUCAUCAAUUUAAUUUGUUUACAGAAUUUCAGGGAAAAUAUUCCCAUUGGAAUUAUUCCCAUUGGCAACUCAAACAGAUUUUCAAAGCUUCUGUUUGGUGAGGAUCCAGAUGAAGUCAGGUAAGGCCUUUGUUCUUUGGAAACAUUUUCACAAUAAGAUAAAAUUACUCUCAUUCUACGGAUAAAUGUGCACAACUGAAAACUUAUACCUCUCAAAACUUUAAAUUUUAUCUAUGAAUUUUGUAAGUUUGUGUGCUUUAAUGUGUUUUGCAUCUGUUAUGGCAGUAAAAAUAAUUUUGGUAAACUGAAACUCUUGAAUCUGUUCACCAGAACUAUAGCUGAAGCUGCGAUUGCUGUAGUACGAGCCGUUACAAAGAAAGUUGAUGUCAUCAAACUGGAGGUGAUUGUUGCUCCGUCAUUUAAAAUAAAUCGGAAUAGAGUUUCACUUUAAAAAAACAUUGUUUGUAAUGUUUAUGGGGUUUUACUUGAAAGUGAGUUUGUAAUGCAGCAAUUUGGACCUCCGUCUCUCACGGCUGGUCAGCUCCUAAAUGGGUUGGGGUGGUACUGACAUUCAUGUGGAUUGUUCUUAACAAAAUCAUUUAUAUCGCAAAGCUCUCAAACUGCAAUAUUUAGAGCUGAGACAAGACUAAAUAGAGCACUAUCAUUUUCUUUAGUGUGAAUGCUUUUCUUAGUUAUCCAUCAACUAUUGAUUUGAAAAUAUCAUUAAAAAUAAAAUACCAGAAACUAAGGCCAGGAUGCUCCGAGGAAUAAGUUCCUUUGGAAAAAAAUAUAUUAAUUAUUAUCCAUUGUAGAAAUGGAUCUUGCUAUUCAUUUUAUUUUAAGCUUUGCUUCUUUAUCAUGAAGAGCUGCAUUAAUGUUAAGUCGAUUUAAUAAAUUGUUAUUCUGUAUUGUAAUUAUAACAUUUUCAUAAAAAAUAAUACAUUUUUUUUUAGGGACAAGAUGAUAAGAAAAUAUUUGCACUGAUGGGGCUAGAGGCCGGGGCUUACAGGGAUGCUGAAGAUCGCAAGGGAAAGUAAUACUCUUCACUAUCAGUAUAGACAUUUAUUUUUUAUUCUUCCUUGUGUUUAUGAAAUGUUCAAACAUAAGGAAAGUAACAAAUAAUUUAAAAAUAGUUACCGGUACUUAAAAUAGCUAAUAUUUGAUUUUUGUUUAUUAUAUUUUAGAUUUAGAAAACAAUGCUCUAUAGUUAAAUAAAAAUAAAUAAGUAUUAACAGCAAAGGAAUAAAGAAAUGCAGAACAUUUUUAAAAUUAUAUUUUCGUGAUUAUUUUAUAUUUGGUUUUAAAACAUCCUGUAAGAGUUAUUAUGAGAUCUCUUUCUUAAAACAUCAUUCUUGUGGCAAAGAUUAUAACAACCUUACACGUUUUUUUCAGAUACUGGUAUUUUGGACCUUUAAAAUCUCGUUGGACCUACAUUCGUACAGCUAUGAAACAGUGGCCUCCGGUACUGGAUGCUACAAUAUCAUUCGUAGAAGCCACUGAAGAGAACAUGAAAUAUGAAGAUCCUGAAAUGUUAAAACCUUUGGUAGGAAGGAAGAACUGGAGUUUUGUUGACUUUUUGUUUGGCAGGAAACAGAGGAGUCUUGCACAAGGUAAUUAUACAGUCAAUGGGUGAAGGAGAGUUUGAACUUAAGUCAGUUUUCUGCUAUUAGUUUAGAGAGAUUCUUGUAAAUUGUACUAUAACUAUCAUGGUACUUAAAUCUUUUAAAAGUAAAAUUCUAAUUUGGCUCUCCUACUGGCUGUCAAACUUUGCUCUGGGUAAAGAAAUUGACUCCCAAUUUCUGAAUGUGGGGAGUGAAACCCUAUUAUGUGACUGAAGCCAGACAUUGUAAAGCUAAUAUCGUCUCACCAAGUUGAUCCUUCUCAUUUAGAAUAAGUGAUAAGUGAAGCAGACAAGUCACUAUAGCUGUUCUUCUCUGUAAUGUUUAUCUCGAGUAGACAUAACAUUGAAAUAAUGAUGUUAACAUUUAAUUUAACUCAGCAGUGCUCUCAAGCUGCACUGAAUUUCGUAAGUCCAUUCCAUUAAAACAAUUUCCAUGUGACGUGGGCCAUCACCCUUGUUUUUCUUAUUGAUAACUAUUAUAUAAUUAGUGUACAAUUUGCUAUCUUCUGUAGAGCACUAAGGGUAAAAAUGUUCAUUCUUUUUCCUAUCUGACCAAAGCUAUUCCCUAAUUAAUUAUUGUUUUAUCAUUUUUCUUUUUUUUAAAACUGUUUUGUAACUUUGUUAUGUCAGUUGAAGAAGUGGCAUCUAAACCUGAAGAUGAAGACAGUAUCACAACAGAUGUUUCUACUGUUGAGAUAACUGUAACCAAUUCAAGUUUAUUCAAUAAAGAGAUGGUAUGACUUUUCAUUUUUGUUACGACAGUGAACUCUUUGUUCACACUUUGCACUCUUUGUUCACACUUAAAUGACACUAAAACUAUUUGGUUUUCUAGUCUCUCCACUUAUUAUCUCGGCAUUUCAGUAACUUUCAAAACUAUCAAGUUGUUUUACAAGAUGUUUUUCAUUGGUUCCCACUGUUUAAUUUGUAUUGUUUCAAUUUGUACCUUAUCCGAAACCAAUUACUAUUAAAAUAAGUAUAAUACAAAUUUAUGUAAUAAAAUCUUAAAUGAGAUUUGUUGUCAGAAGGCUUUAUCAGAAGACAAACAGAAGAAGAAAAAAAGCAAUAAAAGAUCAAGAUGUCAGAUAAAUACUAACUGAAUUAUAGAUACCCAUUGCUUCCUGGUUAUGUAAUUUCCCAUUUAACUGACAUAUAUACAUAAAACGUAAAGGUUUUAAUUUUUAAAUUGCCGAUUGUUUGGUCUGAGAUAUUCAUCAGUUUUUACAUUCUCUUUUGUGUAUUCUUGUUUAAUAAUCUUAAAAAAGAAAGUUAAAAAAUGAUUGCUUUAUCCCAGGUUGAAAUUAAAAUUUAUAUUUUAAAUUUCCCGUCAUUGACUUAUUGGAAUCUUUAAGUAUGAAAAAAUAAUUUUACUCAAUAUUGUUUCUUUUUUUUUUAUGUUGCAUUUAUAUAACUGAAGACAUUUUUUUUUGAAGUUAUUCUUUUUUAUUUUCAAAUCCUAGCCUUUAAAAGCUCUGCAAGUUUCUUUAGGACCAAGUUCACCUACAAAAACAGAAUUGAUAAAAGAAGGGUAUGUAAAUAUAAAAGUACUUCAAGAUAUUAAUUUCACUAAGUAUAAAAAUAUAUUGUUUAUAAAGUGUGCUCCUGAAAUACUCAAAGUAUGUGUGUAUAAGGUUGUACAUAUUGAUUCAAUUGGCCUCUUUCACUUGCAUAUUUUUGCUACCAAAGUAAUCAGAGCCUAGGGUUGUCCAACCUGUUAGAGUAAAAAUGACAAACCUUUGUUUUAAAUUUGUUCUUAGACCAGUCAUGCUAACUUAAGCCCACACAUUGUUCACCAAUUAUUUUUUUUUACCUGAACAGCAUAAGUUGUUAAAAUAUUUUUAAAAUGAAGCUUUUGUGGUACUAUGAAUGAAAUCCAUAAAUUGUUUUUAAAAAAUGCUUUAAUUUUUUUUUUAAACAAUAAAAUAAUUUACAUCUAUUAACUAAGUUAGCUCUCCUCGUGCACAUUAUGAAAAAUAAAAUUCUGAAAAGGAAAAACAGUACUUCAUGGUGUAAUUUAAAGCAUAAUUUGUUUUACAAUUUUAUAUAUCAUGUUUUAUAUGUAUCAUAAUUAUGUUUUCUUAAAUUGACUUGCAGUUGGAGUAGAAUCAAGAGAACUGGCUUUAAGAUGGGGUCGGAAGGGGAUAAAACUCUACUUGUAAAAAAAAUUCACAUUGACUUAAAGAAAGAGGUAAGUAUUAUAAAAUAUAAGCUAACAAGUUAAAUACCUUUGGAAGGCAUCUGAUUUAUACAUUUAAUCUGUGAAUAUUUACACAAAAUUAUCAAUAAAUAUGAAUGAGAAAUUUACAAAGAGUGUAUUCGUUGACCUUAACGUUAUCGAUACCUAUAACAUACAGCCUACUGCCCUCAAAAUCAAACAUAGAAUUCAUUAUGGUGGUACAUUUGCCCAUAUCUCUUAACACUAAUGAAAAUACAAAAAACAAGAUAUCUUAAGGUUAAAUUGUCUGUAUUUUAUGCUACCAUCUGUGUUGUUUUAAAAUACGGUAACUUUUAAAUGUUCGUGAGAGUAAAAGCCUUAACAAAAAUAGAAUGUUCUAGAAUGUUGUAGUUGAUCUGCUCAAGUCCUAUCUAAAAUGAGCCAAAAUGACUGAUGUGAAAUUUUCUUCAUCUCCGUUGUGGGCCAUAAGACAUAUAUUCAUGGCUACUGCUAGAUUAAUGACCAUAUGUUGUUGUUAAAAUGUCAGACAUAGAUGGUUCCUUCUUAUUACUAAAGCUGAAAACUGUUCACAUUUCAGGGUCAAUGGUACAACAUUGAUGGUGAAUCCUUUGAAGCCAUGCCUGUAGAAAUUUCUUUGCUGAGAAACAAAUUGAAUUUUUUUUGUCCACAAGCACAUGAUGAUGAUGGAAGAUGACAAGAAAAGAUUUAAGUUGUACUUAUUUUUUUUAAAAUUGUAUUUUAUAACUUUUAAUGUGAGAGAAAUUUUUUAGUGUUCAUGGAAAUAAUUGUCUUUAAUUUAUUCAUUUAUGUCUGGAGAUCUUUCUUGCUCACAUAGAAUUAAAAAAAUAGACCCAAAUAACUGCCUUGUUAUUUUUGGUAUACCACAGCCCAAAUUAUGCUCUUCUGGUUUUAAUCCUUUGGCACAAAAUUUUGCCAUUUGUCUUUACUUUUAUCACGACUACUUUUUGCCAGUUUGUUCAUCAUCAUUAUGUCCUUUAGUCCUUGGACCGUUGGGGCGCCACAGAUGACAUGAAAACUAUCCUCCAUUCCCCUCCGUUUUCUGCACUUCGCAAAGC